AUGGCACGUGACCACGCGUCCCGCGACUUCGCGUUUCCCGACGCAAUCUUCACCAAGACCAGCCCAACCAUGGUGUUCAAGCCCUUCAAGUCUCCUUUGAUUAGGCAGCCACUCCCAUCUACAGCAGGUAACACGGAUGACUCCGUUCCUCCCGCGAAAAAACCCCGCCUGCUCAGCGACGAUUGCACACCCGACCAAGACGCGAAGUCAACACCGCUAGCCAGCCGGAAGCCACUUGUACAGGUCAACAAUAAAGGCACAGAUAGUUCCAUAACAUCCUCGGUGGGGUCGCUGAAAGAUGACUCAACGGACGAGAAAUAUUUCAAUGUCCUAUGGCGCAAACCAACUGCCAAAAAGCACAAAACAUGGGAUGGAGACGGAAUACUCUCCUUGCGCGGAGGGCUCGUCUCCCUGCGAGACGUAGCCGGGAAAGAGAUGGGACGCAAAAUGCACGAAUCCACACUCGAACCAGGAUCAAUGCUCUCCAUAUCCGGUAAAGAAGUCGAAGUGGAUUCCGAGAUUUCUCGCUCUGAAUAUUUCUCUGGUCGAAGGUUUCUAGAUAGCGGUAAACCAGAGCCGGCGCCCGCACCAGUUGCGGUGAAGAAAGAAGCACUUCCAGCGCGGAAGAAGAGUCAGGCACAGAAGCAUGUCCCUACUGCUGCUGAGCGAACUCAAUCUCUCAAGCGCUCGCUGGCAUUGGUGACUAAUCCCUCGGCGAACCCUGGGAAUGCGCCGGCAGCUUUUUCGGCGUACAAGAAGCCAUUGCUUGAAAAUACGGUUGUUCCCAAGGUGGCCGGGAAGGUCAUUCCGCGCCAUGAUCCCAAGGCACUGGGGGCCUUGGUUAUGCCGCGGCCAAAGUCUGUGCCCAAGGGGAGACAGGUUGUUGAUGUUGUUGUGGACCCGAUUUUGUCUAAGAACCUACGACCACAUCAGCGGGAGGGUGUUCAGUUUCUGUAUGAGUGUGUGAUGGGGAUGAGGUCUUUCAAUGGGGAGGGUGCUAUCCUUGCUGAUGACAUGGGAUUGGGCAAGACUUUACAGACCAUUACCCUGCUUUGGACUUUGCUGAAGCAGAAUCCUGUCUUUGAAGAUGCGCCUGUCAUUAAGAAGGCUUUGAUUGUUUGUCCAGUUACUUUAAUCAACAACUGGCGGAAGGAGUUCCGCAAAUGGCUGGGCAAUGAGCGCAUUGGUGUGUUUGUCUUUGAUGACAAGCAGAAACGCUUAACCGAUUUUACCAAGGGACGGGCUUACAGUAUUAUGAUUGUUGGAUAUGAGAAAUUGAGGACGGUGCAAGAGGCUUUAGCCAACAGCUCCGGGAUUGACAUCAUUAUUGCGGAUGAAGGGCACAGACUGAAGACGUUGCAGAACAAGAGUGGUCUGGCCAUCCAGUCGCUAAGUGCUGCGAAGCGAGUCAUCCUGUCUGGUACGCCGAUUCAGAACGACUUGAGAGAAUUCUUUGCCGCCGUGGAUCUGGUCAACCCAGGCAUUUUGGGGAAUUUCAAGUCUUUUAUCAAAGAAUUUGAAACGCCAAUUGUUCGGAGUCGACAGCCAGAAGCUACAAGCAAAGAGAUCGAGAAGGGAGAAUCAAGAGGUGAGGAGCUGAGAGAACUUACCUCCAAAUUCAUGCUCCGUCGGACAGCAGACAUCCUAGCCAAAUAUCUCCCACCAAAGACUGAAUACGUCCUGUUCUGCAAGCCAACACGGCCUCAGGCAGCUAUUUACAAGAGCGUGCUCGCCUCUCCGGUCUUCCAAUAUGCCAUGGGCAACACAGAGAGCGCUCUGCAGCUCAUUACUAUCCUCAAGAAACUGUGCAACAGUCCGUCUCUAUUAACAGCCAAAAAUAAAGACAAUUCUCCAAACGAAACUCUUACGACCCUACUCGAAUCUAUCCCUCCGAAUCUGCACCGACACCUCUCUCCGUCGUCUAGUGCGAAAAUCCGCGUUCUGGACCAACUCCUCGAUAGCAUGCGCAAUACCACAGACGAAAAGAUUGUCCUGGUAUCAAAUUACACAUCAACUCUCACUCUACUCUCCACCCUACUAUCCUCUCUCGGUCUGCCCUAUCUACGGCUAGACGGAAGCACACCUGCACAGAAGCGUCAAGGUCUAGUCGACGACUUCAAUCGCCUUCCCGCAAGCUCCUGUUUCGCAUUUCUCCUUUCGGCAAAGGCAGGCGGUACAGGUCUCAACCUGAUCGGUGCAAGCCGUCUCAUCCUCUUUGACGUCGACUGGAACCCCGCGACGGAUAUUCAAGCCAUGGCUCGUAUCCACCGUGACGGUCAGAAACGGCCGUGUCGCAUCUAUCGGGUUCUACUGAAAGGUAGUCUUGAAGAGAAGAUCUGGCAGAGACAGGUGACGAAGCUGGGUCUUGCGGAUAGUGUGAUGCAAGACAAGAACAAUAGUGUUGCACAGUUCUCCGCCGCGGAACUGAAAGACUUGUUCCGUCUUGAUGAGGAGAGCCGUUGCCAGACUCACGACUUGCUGGGCUGUGAGUGUGGUGGGAAGGGGCUGACUCCUGCUUCUGGGCCCUCGUCUGGUGUUGCUACUCCUGCCACUGGUGACGGUGAUGGGUCCGACCUGUCUGAGCUCUCUGAGCCCCCGUCCGACGAUGAUUUCGACUUGCCCGAUCCUAGUACCCUCCUCAAAGCUUCCGAGGUUGAUAUGGAGAAACAGGAAAAGGCAAUUCGAGACCGGUCCCGGAGGGGAACGUUGAAAGACAAGAAGGGGGAUGAUAAAUCCCGAAGCCAGAAGGAUAAGAUGCAUCAGUCUCUGGCACAGUACUCGCACAUUGAUCCAUCUUUACUCUCUGGCGAAGCUAACGCUGCUGGUGUCGAUGAGGAUCUCGAGGCUGCUGUUGAUGACGAUGUGCUUGUUUCUUUGCUAAAGGAUGAGUGUAACAUGAUUGGGUAUGUCUUCAAGAAGACUAAUGGUGCGGAAAUGAGUACAUAA